UUGUUUAGGAAAAUAGGUAAAUUAAAACAUUUUAGGGAAGCAAUGCUAACUUUUGUUGAUAGUUCUAUGGAUCCUAGAAUUUUUGAGGAUGAAAUGAGUGGACAACAAAUUAGCUACCACACACUUGAAUGUUUAACAGAAGAGUGCCGGCAAUGUGUUGGAAUGCUUACUGCACGGCUUAAACAAGUUGGCCUAAUUAAUGGAGCACCACAAUACACAUUUCCUGUACCUAAAAUUAACGAAAUAAAACCAAAUGCCUGUCCAAGAUUAAGGAUUGGAAGGCCGAUUCCUCAAUAUAUACCUCCAACAACAAAAAUGGCACCAAUAGAACAAUUAAUUUCUGCUGGUGCCCCAAUGCGAGCAACAAUGCAAAGGGAGCAGUAUUACUCUGAGUUUGCUCACAAAGUUAAUCAGGCACUGCAUAUGAAUCAAGCUGCCGGUACAAACCCAAUUUCAUCUUUGUUCAGCAACAACGAAAUGGCUCAAAAACGGUCAUCCACAUCCUCUUCUUCCUCAACAUCAACAACAGCAAUACCAUUGAGAGAUGGAAAUGUUCCUCACCAUAAUUAUAACAAUUAUCACCCCUCAUCUCCUUCACAACAUCAUUAUUUUCCUCCAAAACCUCCUCAACAUUAUCCAAAUAAAUAUAGAAAUACAUAUUAUACACAACCUCAAAAUAAUAGAAGAUAUAAUAAUAUGAGAGUAGUUGAUAGGGAUAUUUAUCGAGAUAAUAGAAGGCAUGUUCGACAAACUAAAAAGGCAGAACGACCAGUAAUUGGAAAUCGUUUUGUCAUCAACUGUGUUGAGAGAGGAGAACCAGAAAGUGACCAAACUGACCAACUUAAUCUUUGCACUGCUUGUUGGACAUGGCGUCAACUUUCUGAAGAAUAUUUCCCCCGUUUAAUAAAUGAAUUAGUUUGUCAAUCAAGUGAUUAUUGCCUUUCUGGUUGGGGAACGUGUAAUCAACGAUAUAGAAAUUUUGAUGUGUUACAAAAAGUAACGGUAAAUGGGCAGGAUGAAUGGCGCCCAACUACAAUUUCAGCAGCUUCAUGCUGUGACUGUAAAGUUAAAGCUGGAAGUCAAGCUCAUCAUUUGGUAGAGUCUUUUUGGAAAUUUUAUUAUAUAAUUGAAAAAAUUCCAAAUUUUAAGGUUGUUGGCGGUAAAAAUUAA